AUGCACCUGCCGGGCUGCGCCCCAGCCAUGGCCGACGGCAGCUUCUCGCUCGCCGGCCACCUGCUCCGCAGCCCCGGCGGGAGCACCUCGCGGCUGCACAGCAUCGAAGCCAUCCUGGGAUUUACCAAGGACGACGGGGUCCUCGGAUCCUUCCCGGAGGAGCGGGCAGCCCGGGGCACCAAGGAGCGGGAUAGGAGGCCGGGCGCGCGGCCCGCCGGUCCCAAGGCCCCUGCCGGAGGCGCCGAACCGUCUCCGCCGCCCGCCCCGGCGCCAACCCCGGAAUACGAAGCCCCCCGCCCCUACUGCCCCAAGGAGACCGGGGAGCCUCGACCCAGCCCUGGGCUUCCUGGAGGACCGUCCGCCCCCGGCGACUCGAAGCUGUCGGAGGAGGAGCAGCCCAAAAAGAAGCAUCGACGGAACCGCACGACCUUCACCACGUACCAGCUGCACGAGCUGGAGCGCGCGUUCGAGAAGUCGCACUACCCCGACGUGUACAGCCGCGAGGAGCUGGCGGGCAAAGUCAACUUACCCGAGGUCCGAGUCCAGGUGUGGUUCCAGAACCGACGCGCCAAGUGGCGGCGGCAGGAGAAGCUGGAGGUGUCGUCCAUGAAGCUCCAGGACUCUCCCCUGCUCUCCUUCAGCCGCUCCCCGCCCGCCGCGGCCCUGGCGCCCCUCGGGGCGGGCCCCGGGGGCGGCGGCGGCGGGCCGGGGGGGGGCGCCCUGCCGCUCGAGUCGUGGCUCGGGCCGCCGCUGCCGGCCGGGGGCGCCACGGCGCUGCAGAGCCUGCCGGGCUUCGGGCCGCCGGCGCAGAGCCUGCCCGCCAGCUACACGCCGCCGCCGCCGCCCUUCCUGAACUCCCCGCCGCUCGGCCCCGGCCUGCAGCCCCUCGGGCCGCCGCCGCCGCCGCCGCCGCCCGCCUACCCGUGCGGGCCCGGCUUCGGGGACAAGUUCCCGCUGGACGAGGCGGACCCGCGCAACAGCAGCAUCGCAGCGCUGCGCCUGAAGGCCAAGGAGCACAUCCAGGCCAUCGGGAAGCCGUGGCAGGCCCUCUAGGGGCCCCGGGGACCCGAUCGGGCCAGACGCCGUCCCGGGAGCCGACCCUGAGCCGCAGGCGCGCGCACCCCUUUUCCCUGGGUUCCCCGGGCUCGGCCCCUCCUGCCCAGCGCCACCGGAACAGCCGGGUCCAGGUCGGGCAUCUGCGCCUGGGUCGCCCCGGAGGGCUGACUCCCAGGCCAGUCGAGGCCCUCUGGCCACCCCUACGUCCCCACGGACCCCUGGCCUCGCUGCUGGACGGAGACAGGUGGCCACGUUGCCCCCACCCGGCGGGCCCCGGAGCCUCCAGUUUCAAGGAACUCGAAGCCUCUGACCUCGGCCCCUCCAGGGCGGCGUGGCAACCCGGAACAAGGACGACUGGGAGGAAGGGGAGACGGAGAAAGUGUGAGGGACUGUUUGUAAUAAGUAGCUUCAAAGAAUUGAGGUGGGGCGGAGAAUUAAAGAUUGACCUGUUUUGGUUUGACUGGUUCAGCGCUCUCAGGACUGCGGGGGCGCGGAGGAAGCUGCGUGUAUGAAUGCGGGUUUUGGCGGCGCUCGGGUGAUGGAUCGGGUGUUGCCGGAAAAGCAGUUGGCUGCGGAG